AUGACGAGCAGCUCGCUGUAUUUCAUCCUCCCCGCCCUUGGCGGCUACACGCUCGCCUCGCUGUACCUGCUGAAGAACCCGCAGAUUCUCCACCGGAGGAAACGCACAGCCUUCCACUGCAGACACAUCUCCCACCGAGGAGGAUGUGGAGAGAGGAUAGAGAACACCAUGGACGCCUUCACACAUGCGAUAGAGCAGGGCACAGAGAUGCUGGAGCUGGACUGUCACCUGACCCACGACGGCCACGUGGUGGUGUCACACGACGAGAACCUGCUGAGGCAGACGGGCUGCGACAUCACCGUCUCCGCCCUCAAGCUGCAGGACUUGCCGUUGUAUAAAGACAAGCUGGAGGUGACGUUUUAUGCAGGCCGCUACAGCAGCAUUGGAGACAGGAGGUUUGCCCUGCUGGAGGACCUGUUCGUGAAGUUCCCAAAGAUGCCGGUCAACAUCGAGAUCAAGGAGGACAACACGCUGCUGAUAGAGAAGGUGUCUGAGCUGGUGAGACGGUAUGCCAGGGAGGACAUCACCGUCUGGGCAACUGCGGAUUCAAAUAUCAUGAAGAAAUGCCAGAGAACGAACCCCUCCAUGCCUUACGGUUUCAGCAUGGGUCGAGGUGUGCUGCUGCUGCUCCUCUUCUACAGUGGCCUGCUGCCCUUCGUCCCCCUAGGAGAGAGUUUUCUGCAGUUCUACCUGCCCAGUACCUUCAACCGGACUUUCAUCCCCGCGCAGCGCUUCCUGAGGAACAGGUGGAUCAUCUUCCUGUUGGAGAAAGUGACGAUGAGGAGGAGUCUUUUUGAGCAUCUUGUGGCCCGUGGAAUUCAGGUGCAAUUGUUUGUGUGCAACGAGGACCAGGAUAUAGAGACUGCGUUCAAAGUAGGGGCCACGGGGGUGAUGACUGACUAUCCAAGUGUUUUGUCAAACUACUUAUCCAGACCCAGAAACCAAGACUGACAGCCGAGCAAGUCCAGUCCACGGACUGACUCUCGUUGCACAGCUGUGUACUUACUGACAGCCUGGUUUAUCAUUACUACACUGCUAGUUCUGUGACUUCCCCUCCAAAAUCUUGAUGCUUCUUGAAAAACUGAAGUAUAAGGUGACAGUCCAGGAGUCACACUGGAGAAAGCGGGACGUUUUCCAAGGCUGAGAAUAAUGAAAGUACUAUAACUUUGCUACAUUUGGGACCCAUAACUAUGAUGUGAACUUAUUUCUAUUCAGAAUGUGUACGCGGUGCUACGCUGUACACCCAUCCCUCGAACUCAAAGAAUGUUGAAUGGUCACGUGCAUAUUUGCAUAUGCAAAUAUGCAAACCGUUGUUAUUAUGCAACCGUAUUGGUUAUAAGGGUGAGGGAUACCUGCAGUCAGAUGAGACUGAAGAGGUCGCUUAGAGCAAUCAAUCAAUCAAGCUGUAUUUUACAGAGGA